CCAAACUUCAGCCACGCAAGCCCACGUUAAGAUACGCGCAGCCGCGACACGCAGCCUCGACGUUUCUCUUCCUCUACACUUGGGUCAAUCGCUUUAAUGAGGUAGUGUCGUCGCUGCUUACUCCAUCUAUUCCUACUCCUACAUUCUCACCUUGCCAUCCUCGUCGCCAGCAUCUUCUGCCACCACCUCCACCACCUACCACUCACAUUCUACGCACAGCAACUACCGACAACAUGUUCGGCCGACGAAAACGCACCACCACCCCUCCCUACGACGAGGCCUUCGCCACCAAAUCCGAGCUCCACCGCGCAACUCGCCCACGCAUGACCUGGUCCCUCCUCACCUCCCUCUUCCUCCUCAUCACCGUCGUCUUCCUCAUCCUCGUCGAAGUCGGCGACACCGCCGUCGGCUCCAUCCGCAGCAAAAUCUACUUCAUCAACCUCAACCUCACCAACAUCGUCCCCGUCAGCAUCCCCGAUGCCACCCUCAUCAACUCCAUCGCCCAGACGCUGGGCUUGCACGACUUCUACACCGUUGGCCUGUGGGGCUAUUGCGAGGGCUACAAUGGCGUGGGCACCACCACUUGCUCCAAGCCGCAGACGCUGUAUUGGUUCAACCCGGUGUCCAUCAUCUCCAAUCAACUGAUUGCCGGCGCGUCCAUCGCCCUGCCCCUCGAAAUCAACAACAUCCUCAAGCUGAUCCGCAUCGUCUCCCACUGGAUGUUCGGCCUCUUCCUCUCCGGCGCCUGCCUGAGCUUCGUCAUGAUCUUCAUCGUCCCCCUGUCCGUCUACAGCCGAUGGGCCUCUCUCCCCAUCACCAUCUUCACCUUCCUCGCCGCCCUGUUGACCACGGUGGGAUCCGUCAUCGCCACCGUGCUGUUUAUCAUCAUGCGCGAUGUCAUUACCGCCCAAACCACCCUCAACAUCAAGGCCACCAUUGGCAUCCAGAUGUUCGCAUACAUGUGGAUAGCAGCCGGCGCCUCCAUCAUCGCCUUCGUCAUCCAACUCGGCAUGUGCUGCUGCUGUGCCUCCCGCCGCGACGUGCGAACCGGCAGGAAGCGCGGCAGCAUGCGCGCCUGGCGCAAGCGCAACUCCGCCAUGCGCGAGAAGCCGACCGAGGAGACCAUGACGCCUCCCCUCAACGGCGAAGCAUGAAGCAUGAUACAUUAAUGGUUACCAGUCUUUGACAGCGUUUUGGCUACCGGUGUUUCUUCCUCUCUCUCUGAUAGCGUUCGAUUUGGGAAUGAUUUUCGACGAUUUACUGUACUCCCGUUUCAUUCUGUGUCACACAUUCCCAUCCCUUGUGCGACGUGCUGCCUGGCCUUCUGCCUGGGUUUUGGGCUUGGCGCGGAUGGCAGCCUUGUUCUAUUCUUUCCAUUGUCUAUGUAUUAGUCGCUACAUCUCUUCUAAAAUCAAUUCGUCUAUCCAUCCG